GUUUUCAAUUGUUUUGUCUAAAUGUUUUUCAUCGAGCAAAAUAUAUAAUAGUCUAAAAGUCAAAAUUUUUUCACCUAACCCAUUUUUAUUACACGAAAAACCAAUAUUACGAGUAAUGAACACGUAUUGGAUUUGUUCCGAAUUUAUUCGCUAGGAUCAUUGUCAUCACUUUCACUUUUACACGAUUUGCUAUAAUAGUGUUUUUAGUGUACAUACGCUGCACUGGGGCGCAGUCGCCAUGGAUGACACCAUGUCGACCCUAACGAAAAUGACCCGCACGGUUAAAAAACUGGAGGUGCCAAGACCCCUGAAAUCCACCACCAGUUCCGCGCACAACCGCAACUCCGUGUUGGACGUCAAAAUAAAUUCUGUUGAUGACCUGAUUGUCUUGACCGAAGCGGUGGCGUACCAAAUGAUGCAGGGAAACUAUGAUCGUGCACUUCAGAGCAAUGUGGCCACUAUGUACUCUAACUUGAAGCUUUACGGCGCUCAGCUCGAAGCACUUUAUAAGGACUUUCUCGAUAGAUACUUUGUUGUGUUCCGUAAUGGUUCACAAGACGAGCGACUGGAUAAGAAAACUCGACUUCAUCUUCUUGAGCUGAUAGAGCUGCGCGCCAAACUCUGGCAGGGCUCUGACUACAUGAGUCAAUACUAUAGGCACCGCGGCACCCACGCUGAGCCUCUUCUGGUGCCGACGAUGGAGGGGUCGGGCACGGGUGGCUCGGUGUCCCCUACGCUGGCUGCGCCCACCGAGCCGCCCGCCCUGCUCGGCCCCGGAGAGGUCAUCAAGCCCUCUGGCAAGUUCCCAAAGCCCACUAAAAUACCCGGCAAGAACUACUCUAAAGACGAAGUCGUCAUACGGAACGCUGAUUCUGGAAAAGUGAUGGGUAUCAAGGGCAGGCGGGUGCACAUGAUCGAGGAGCUAAGUGACACGAUUAUAUCGUUUCAGCGAGUGAGCCCUGGGGCGAAGGAGCGUUUGGUUCAAAUUACUGGACCCAAUGAAGAGAAUGUGAACCACGCGAAGCACCUGAUUGGGGAUACGAUCCGGCGCAACGCAUCUCCCGUGCGUUUGGACGCGGGCACGGGAGGCGAGCAGGCGCUGGGAGCCUCGCGCGCCUCUCUCGACUCCACUGGCUCGGACGAGCCGCCGCGCAACCGAGAGAAGUCUCCCCAUAAUUCCCGGGCUCUGCUCCACAGCUUCUCUACGAACGAUGCCGCUCUAGGAGAAUAUAAGUACACUGUGACUUUUGGGCAACAUUCCAUUAAGAUCACGGGCAAUAACUUGGAUCUUGUGAAGACUGCAAAGCUAGUGUUAGACGAGUACUUCGAGAGCGCGGGCGCUUUGGAGGCGCUGGGCGCGGGCUCGGGCGACUUCUUCACGCUGUCGCAGCGGCCCGGCGCCGCGCUGCUGCUGCGCGACGACGACCUCAACGGCGCCGACGACGACGUCUUCGCGCCGCACCACGACCAGCCCGCGGCCGGCGACGGGGACGCCGCGCCGCGUCGUCCGCGCUUCUCGCGCGCUACCAGCACCGAUAAGAAUCAAGGUGGCGCGCCGGGCGCGCGGCAGACGUACACGUACGAGACGCUGGUGCAGUACGCCGACUCGCCGCUCAGCAAGCUGCCGCCCGCCGGGCUCGCCGCCUUCCCGCCGGAGCUGGCGCGCAAGAGUUGCCUGGAGUUCGACAGCGCCAGCUACCUGAAGAAGGUGCGUGCGGCGGCCGCCACGCCCGUGGCCGCGGUGGACGCGCCCGACUCGCCCGAGCCUGAGUAAGGCCCGCGCCCGCGCCCGCGCCGCUCGACACGCCCGAAGCUAUUAGGGUUUAGGAGCACUCACUCAUACAUCGUAGACGCACUCACGAGCGACGUGUCGACGCGCACUCUCACGCC